CCCAGAAGUCCCAACUGGCAUGGCAUGUACCUUUUUCAAGUUUUCAGAUAAAAGAAAAUACAACCGGUAUUCCUCUGUGAAUGAAAUCUCUCAAAAUGUCCUUUUCCCACACCGUGAUAUGACAGCUCUGGCCCAUCAAUCUCUGCCCUGUACCAUCAUUCAUCUCUGACUCCUUUUCACCUUCCCUAAAUUACUCAAUCCUACCCUUUUCAUCUCGCCUCUCCAACAUAUCCCUUUUCCUUUUCUUUUGUUAAAUAUUUUUAUUAUUAUAUUGCUCUUAUUCUGUUUGUUAUUGGUUGUCACGAUGAUGGUGAUCGGUGGUUUUAUUCCUUUUCCUUUUGCUGAAUCCAGGCUUUUGUGGAUUCCUUUUGCACAUGCAUGAUCAUCAUCCUUCUUUCUGCCGUGUUUAUUUUGCUUUCUGGGUUUUUGCUCAGAAUUCAGAAAUUCAGAAUCCUUUUAGCGUAAGACAAAUUUUGGAUUCAGACGGUACUGCUUUCACUCUCUCUUUCUUCUGUGACAAAUUAUAUAGCUCUCUGGCAUUGCGUGGGUUCCUUUGGGAGUACUUGUUCUUGCUUUCUUCAGAAUUGUGGGGUCUGAAAGAGACGGCUUUGUUGGUUUUGGACCGAGUAUCACAAGGGUAUCUUUCGGCGCUGUCUGGCUUGAAUUUGGCAUCUGCUUUUGUAUGCGUGUGGCUUCUUUCUUUCUUUCAAUUUAACGAUUGAAUUUAGGUGCAAAAUCUAUUUCCAUCGUUGUUUUUUCCUGGUUGCUUCCGCCGAAAUUCUGGAUCGCUAACCUGUGAACUUUCGAGGUUAGACUGGUUAUAUAACUGGGGUGUGUGCAACUUUUCUCUGCAUUGAUGUGGAUUCCUUGUGAUUGCUCUAGCAUUCAUGCUUGCUGUGUGGGAGCUCCAACUAUUUUAAGAUGGGAAUGAUUUUGUUACUGAAUUUUUGUGAGUGAUCCUCAAAUGGACUUAUCGGCCAAUUGUAAGCAUUCCAAAUUCUUUGGCCGGAAUUUGAAUUCCAUAGCAUGCAAAUGUGUUGUUUUGGUGGCUGUUGCUCUGGUUAUUAGAGCUGUUCUGCUUCCUAGAUUCUUUGCCUUUGGUGGGAUUGAGCAGCAGGACUUGGUGUUCAUCCACAGCCGUUCUCCGUCAUUCAAUUCUGAAUUUGGAAUCCGAAAUGAUAAAUUCCUGGAGGUUCCUCAAAUUGUAUGGGGUUUAAACAAUCAAAAAAUUGCAUUUGCAAGAGCUUGUCUAACUGCGAGAAUGCUGAACCGAACUCUUUUGAUGCCUAGCUUAAGUGCGUCCCUGUUCUACAAAGAAAUUGACCUCUUGCAACCCAUUUCCUUCGAUAAGGUGUUCCAAUUCGAGGAGUUCAAUUCACUCUGCAAGGAAUUUGUCAGAUUGGGUCGCUACUCCGAUGUUUUGAAUCGGACGGGAGUGUUUGAGCUUCGUAAAGGUAGUGGAAGGAAGUGGACGAUUGGGAGAGAUUUAGAUCAAUUGAGACAGCAUAGCAAGGAGCCCUUUGAAGGGUAUGAGGUAAUUCGAAUAGUUGGGAAGAACCCGUUUUUAUGGCACGAUCAUUGGCCUAUUAAGGACUAUGCCAGGGUCUUUGAGUGCUUAGUUUUGGUUGAUGAGAUAGCGAAAGAAGCGGAUAUAGUUGUAUCCAGGAUUAAAGAGAAAGGAAUGGAGGUAAGAAGCAAAAUUGAGUCUGUACAAAUUGGUAUUAGUUCUGAGAGGUCUACAUUGGAGCCAGUGCCUUAUGUAGCCGUCCACAUGAGAAUAGAGAUAGACUGGAUGAUUCACUGUAAGAAAUUAGAGCAGAGAUUAAACAUAAGCCAAAUUUGUAGCAGCAAGGAAGAGAUUAUGGAAAGAGUGGGGAACAUUCAGGGCCUGAAGAGUCCAACUAUGGUUUACCUUGCUGUGGCUGAUAGUCUUCUUGAUGAUUCUACUAUAUUGAGUGGUUGGAAGGAAGGGUUGCUUCCUGUGGAGAAGAAGAAACUGGGUGUUGAUGGGAUUUACAACAAGUAUCCAUAUCUCAUUCAGUCGGCAAUUGAUUAUGAAGUGUGCUUAAGGGCUGAUGUCUUUGUUGGAAACAGCUUUUCUACAUUUUCAAGUCUUAUAGUUCUUGAGAGAACACAGAAGAUGAUCAAAACUGGUGUUACGAACUCGUGCAGGAUGGAUGUAAGGUGGUCGUCUUAUGCGUAUAAUAUAUUAGGGGAAUCAAAGGGCCCUCGCAGAUGGAUGACUACUAUGUCUGAUACAAGCCUUGAAGCAAUUAGCUAUGGCUCGAAUGACGUCUCUUGUUGAUGCUUAUGGUAUGUGACUCCUGUUGAUGCUUAUGGUAUGUGACUCCUGCUGCAAUCUUUGUCAUUGAUGUAGAUAAUGAGGCUUCUCUUCUUUUUGCAAUAUGUAGAAAUAUAGAUAAUGUAAUUUCUGGAGCAGUGAGCUUAAUGUCACACUGGCAAAAGUGGUUGGUAUAGUUUUCACAAGGAUAUAUUCUUUUUUCUUUUUUUUGUACACAAAACCAGUAAUAGAUAUAAUGUCUUUCAUUAUUUGGAGCAGUUAGCUUAAUGUUGAGAGGCACUCUUUCGCAUUUGGACUGAGGAUCCAAAUUAGCCCCCAUUGCGGGGUUCAUGGUGCAAUUUAAAUGAAGUGCACUUGUUAUGCCUGAUUCUCA